CAAGCAUUGCGUGUCUGUCGUUGGUUGUAAUCCUGUCAGUUGCAGACUCCUUGCCUCUGGUCAGCUCGUGCGGCUCUGUGUUUUCAAGUAUUCGUGUGUUGAUCACUUCCAUAUCCUCCUCCGCCGUUUGGAUCAAGCAGUCGACAGCUCAAUCCGAUCCCCUCGCGUGCAAAUGGCCCUUGCGCAUUGUUAGAUCCAGAGACCUCUUCAAGCUUCAUAACAAAUCGCGCAAAACUAUUGCCACUGCGCUGUCGCUGUAAUUGCACGCGGCGUCUAUCUGCCCGAUGGCUGCUCAGUUCACCGACGAGAACAUCAAGGAGCUGAAGUUCCGCCUCGAAGAUGCGGCAAUCAAGUGCUCCGAACGAUGUCUCUACCAAUCAGCCAAAUGGGCUGCGGAGAUGCUCGACUCCCUCGUCCCGAUCGAUCAGUAUGACACGGAUCCCGACUCGCCAAUGGGUCACCUGGAUGCUCCUCCGACUCCGCCGAAUCCCUACCUGCGAACCCAAGAUGCCCUAGAAGCGACGCUCGAGGCGCAAGAGUCUUACAAGUACCUUCUGGCGAAAUCCUACUUUGACACCCGCGAAUACGACCGCUGUGCGGCCGUCUUCCUCCCUCCGACCAUCUCCCCCAUCCCGCUCGCGACUGCGUCGCCGAACCCCAAACACCGACAAUCGUUGACCCCGCAAAAGGGCAAAUCCAAGGCGUCGCCCUUCGCAGGGACGAAAGAACAUGGUGCGACAAAGAGCUCCUACCCUAGACUCAGUCAGAAGUCUCUGUUUCUGGCCUUGUAUGCAAAGUACCUGGCAGGUGAGAAGCGCAAGGAUGAGGAGACAGAGAUGGUGCUGGGUCCGGCGGAUGGAGGCUCAACGGCCAAUCGGGAACUGCCAGAUUUGGCUCGAGGGCUCGAGGGCUGGUUGAACGAGCGAAGGGAGAAGGGACUGGAAAGUCGAAACCAGGGCUGGUUGGAAUAUCUUUACGGAAUCAUACUCCUCAAGGGGCGGAAUGAGGAUGAGGCGAAAAAGUGGCUUAUCCGGAGCGUGCACCUGAACCCGUUUCACUGGGGCUCGUGGCAGGAACUGAAUGAUUUACUGGCCAGCACGGAAGACCUGAAACAAGUCGUCGACCUUCUCCCGCAGAACAUCAUGACACUCAUAUUCCACGUAUACUGCAGUCAGGAGCUUUACCAAGCAACCGAUGAUACAUACCAGGCUCUAUCCGAGCUGGAGACAAUCUUCCCGACAAGCGCGUUCCUCAAGACGCAAAGAGCGCUUCUCUACUACCACUCGAAAGAUUUCGAAGCCGCAUCCCAUAUCUUCACAGACAUACUCAUCACCUCACCGCACCGCCUCGACAGCCUCGACCACUACUCAAACAUUCUGUACGUCAUGGGAGAGCGCCCGCAGCUCGCCUUUGUCGCGCAAGUUGCAACCGCGACCGACAAGUUCCGCCCGGAAACCUGCUGCGUCGUAGGGAACUACUACUCCCUGAAAUCCGAGCACGAAAAAGCCGUGAUGUACUUCCGUCGAGCCCUGACCCUCGACCGCAAUUUCCUCUCCGCCUGGACCCUCAUGGGCCACGAAUACAUCGAGAUGAAGAACACCCACGCCGCGAUCGAAUCGUACCGUCGCGCUGUGGACGUGAACCGCAAAGACUACCGGGCGUGGUACGGUCUCGGCCAGGCUUACGAAGUCCUCGACAUGUCCUUCUACGCCCUAUUCUACUACCAGCGCGCCGCCGCUCUGCGGCCGUACGACCCGAAGAUGUGGCAGGCGGUGGGAUCCUGCUAUGCCAAGAUGGGCCGCAUUGAACAGAGCAUCAAAGCGCUUAAACGUGCCCUCGUGGCCGGCUCCUACUACGCCGAGGAUACCUCCCAGGUCGGCGGCGGCCCUGCGCGCAAGAUCCUCGAUCCCGAGACUCUGUAUCAGAUCGCCACGCUCUACGAACGCCUGGGCGACGAGGAGGAAGCCGCCGCGUACAUGGAGCUCACUCUGCAGCAAGAGUCCGGACAGGUGAUCCAGGAGGAGGAGGAUACUUCGUCCGACAACGAGAACGACGACGAUCAAUCCGGGACGGAUGUCCCGUCGAGCUCGCGCCGCGCGCGCAAGUCGUCCAGGGAAGAGGAGGACGAGGAGGAGGAUGCGUGGCACGGCACCGGUGUGACGGCGACGACCUCGAAGGCGCGGCUGUGGCUCGCUCGGUGGUCGCUUCGCGGCGGGGAUCUGGGUCGUGCGGAUCAGCUGGCGGGCGAGCUGUGUCAGGAUGGAGUGGAGGUUGAGGAGGCGAAGGCGUUGAUGAGAGAUGUGCGCGCCAGGAGGGAGGGUGGUUGAUAUUGAUUGGUGCAUAGAGGGGGUUAGGUGGUGCCUCUUGUUGUUCGAAUUAGCCUGGCG